GUCGAAGGGAGGGCGAGGCGAAUGGGCUUACAGCUCUCGAGCAGCCAUGAGAUACACCGACACGAAUGGACUUCGCAGCUUCGUCCACGCUGUUGCCGUCCCAGAUCAACAAAUGGCGACAGCCGAGAAGACCAGCAUGAAUGAAUCAGAUGAGCAUCGAGAUGAACCACCCCCGGACGAGCAGCAAGACCAGCCGAUGGUCCCUGCCGUUGUCAGGCCCUUCACCCGCACCUCUGGGGGAUGCAUCACGGCCAUCCGACCGGCAUUCUCUCUGGACGGCUCCCUCCUCGCAUGCGCGUGUGUCACUGAUGCCGUCAUCUACUCGACCAAGACCGGCAAGAGAGUGGCCAAGCUGACCGACAGACACAAGAUGCCCAUCACUGCCGUCUGCCCUUCUGCCGACAACGGCUGGAUCACCGCUGAGCUUGAUGGGACGCUGUGUCUGUGGAGCAGCGACCAUGCCCUGCUGACGACGCAUGACCUCGAGGCGCCCAUUCUCGACCUGCAGUUCGCAGCGAAGGAGAGGAAGUACUAUGCUCUCAUCGUCGGCAAGGCGGCCGUUGAAAGCGACGAUAACCACCAGCACAUGAGUGCGGCAGACGACCGUGACGGUGAUGUUGGUGACGACGGUACCCCUUCCUCAUUUGUCUAUCAGCUCACCAUCAGCCAUCGGUCCACCAGCGGCCACAUCGUGCUGUCAGCCCCAGGCUCCCACGGCCCGUUGAGGCGCCUGGCCAUCCGUGGGGACGGUUCCUACGUGGCCGCAGCGACACGAAGACGCGUGCUGGUUCUUUCGGCUGACGGCCACCUGACCAAGCACAAGAGCGGCCAGCCGAUCGUGUCGAUAAUGAUCCGGCCCGACACGGAUGUGGUGAUCACAGGCGACAGGCAGGGCGUGAUGCACAUGCUGACGGUCGACAAGAAGGCGGGCGGGUCGUCGGUCCGCAUGCAGCACUGGCACGCCCAUGCCGUGUCGUCGCUGGCGCACGUGAGCGGAACGGAGAGCAUCCUGUCGACGGGCGAGGAGGCGGUGCUGUGCAUGUGGAACCUGACCACACACGAGAGGAAGUCUUUGCCACGGAUGGGCGCCGCCAUCCUGCAGAUGGCCGUGGCCGAUGACGGGUCGCAGGUGGCCUUGUGUCUGGCCAACAACUGUGUGCGGGUGGUGGACAUCCCUCAGUGGAAGAUCGCCAAAAGCAUCUAUGGCGUCGAUCUGGGUGUGGGUGGGGGUGGGCGGACACCCGACUUGGUUGCGACCAGAGGGACGAGGCGGGUCUGCGAUGCCCUGCCACGCACACAAGCGGCAGGUGCGUCGCUCUGUGGUCAUACGUUUAUGCGGUCGCACUUAUGGAUGGAUGUAUGGAUGGUGGUCUGUUUGUGCAGACACCGAGACGACCGUCAUGCUGUGGGCAGAUCCCUCACGUGUCCAGUUUUAUUCCCUCACGGCCGACGAGCACAGGGGGCACGUCGAGAUGGCCAGAGGUGCGUGGGAUAGACACAGACACAUUUCCUCCACACACACGUGUGAGUCCUCCUGUCAUGUAAUGGUAAUGUCAUGUGUGUGUGCAGGUCGGAUGUAUGUGAGUCGGGUCGACGAGCAGGAGGGCAUCAAGUGGACGGUCGAGCAGGCGUGCCUUUCGCCUGACCGUCAACACAUGCUCACCGUCGAGACCAGACGGGAAGAACGGUCACACACACGCACUCAUAAACUAACACGUCUAUCUACACAAGUGCCGAUUGAUUUGAUGCGAUCUCUCUGUCUCUUGUUUGCGUGUGGUCGUAUUGAAUGCUCUGCAGCCCCCACCCCCGGUGUGUGUCAGUGGUCAAGUUUUGGUCCCAGCAGUCGGACUACGGCUACCGGCUCGUCAAUCGUGUGGACCUGGCCCACCAGGAACACAUCACAAUGGCACUCGCGAGACCGAUGGUGCGCUCACACGGGACACACACACACACACGUCGGUCAGGGCACAUCACAUCUACAUGGGAUGGGUGUGGGGGUGCUGUUGGAUCUUGUCUUUCAGAGUCCCGAUUGCUUCCUCACGACAUCAGCGGAUGGCACAUUCAAGGCACGUGGGCAUGGAGUAGCCAACGUGCACCCCGGAUGUCACACGUGUGUGUGUGUGUGUGUGUGGCCAUGGUGUGUGUGGCCAUGGUGUGUGUGGUCAGGUGUGGCAUCCCUUCCCCUCGGCCAACAGCAGCACUCCGUUCUUCGCCCCGUCAUCUGUCAACACCUUCAGGAACAUACCUAUCACAUGUGCGCACGCGAUCAACGCACACGGCGGGGGUCUGCACCUGCACUAUGCUCCACUCACACUUAUUCUGUGCACCUGAUCAGGUGCUGCUUUCUCCUCCGAUGGCUCCCUCCUGGCCCUCGGGCACAGCCGCGGCUGUGUGAGCCUCUGGGCGGCGCAGACAGACGGUGAGCAAGCAGCCUUCGCCUUGCGGCCUUCACAAUAUUUGCCCGUGUGUGUGUGCAUGUGUGUUGUGUUGGUGCAGGUGACCAGUGGGACGUCAGUGAGACCAUGACGUGCGGGGCAAGCCAAGAGGUCCGUUGGUUGGUUCCUGUGUGGUGUGGGAAGAUGCUCAUUUCUGCAUGUAUGUGUCCGUUCUGUGAUAUCUAUCUGUCAGGCGAUCCAUUCCGUGGCCUUCGUCGAGGGGCCGUCGCUGCUAUGCCUGGCGGUGGCCUACAACCACAACCGCAAUCGUACGGCGGUAGGCACCGUGGUGCUGUGGGACCUGCUCACAAUGACGGUAGCCACCACCAUCCAGCUCCCCGCGGCCGUCACCCAUCUGCUGCCCUCUCCCUCUUCCCACUCGUCCCUCCUCCUCAUCGGCAUGGCGCCCUCUCUGUUCGAAGCCCACACAGUCUGCUGCAAGGAGAGCCAGCACACGCAGCAGCCACAUGCGCUUCUGCAGGCCCUCCUGCGGCCACAGUUCUCAUCGGCGUGUUCCAUGGACACACAGGUGGUGUGGCGAGGCAGCCUGCCCGGCGCGCGUGCGUGUCUUGACGCGUGUGUUGACGGGAGCGUGCUGCACGUGCUGAUGGACACAUACGAGUGGGUGUCCUGCGACGUGCUUGGAGGGCCGGCAGGGGUCACGGCUGCCAUCGAGGCGGGUGAGGAGCCGACAGAUGAGGGGAAGGGGCAACUUGAAGGUCUGAGUGUGUUCGGCCGGCUGUUUCGACGGCGGGAGAAGAAUAAAGCCGAAGACAGCGAGGUGAGAAUGCGACAACUGUGCAUAUGGGUGCCGCGUGCUUCACCGUGUGCUGCAUCUCUCUCUCCUGUCUGUGUGUCUGCGAAGGCGCCGGUGCCGUCAAUGUCUCUUGUGUCGUCGUUCCAUCAGCAGCGCCUCGCCGCGCGAAGCCAACACCUGGAGAGGGUGGGCGCUACACACACACACACACACACACACAUACACACAUUUGGGCAGACCUAUCUAUCAAUUCCAUGUGUGGUUCCAUUCUAUGCAGGGUCCCCCUGUGUGGCUAUGUGUGGGCGACACGGCGAGUCACCUGCUGCCCCCCCCGUCUGCCCUACUCAGAGACAUGCAAAGGAGACACCACCACACGUAGGAAGACACACCCCACACAACACGCCUGACCUCCCGUGCCCUCUGGCUGUCUGUCUAUGUCAUGCAGCGGCCAUCCCCGAUCCUCCCCGCAGCCCCCACCCCUCCCAGCACCAUCAGCAGCACCAUCCAACAUGCCGGCAGCUCGUGCCGCUGCCGCCGCUACUGGUGCUCGCCGGCCAUCAUCGUUUGCGCCGAGAGGGUGUGAGGGUCCCCAGCGUGAUGUGCUGGAGGCGAUUGUGAAGGCCGCCAAGACUGACAGGAGGGCUGCCAAGAGGGCCAGACAGGAGGAGGAUGCGGCUGUCCAAGAGAAUAGUGAGGGCGAGGAGGCAGGAGAGGAAGAGGACGACAACGACAAGGACAAGGACGAUGGAGAUGAAGAUGGGAAUGGGGAUGAAGAUGGAGGGGGGGAGGGGAAGGGGGGCGAUCAGGUGAUGGUCAGUGCAGCCAGUGCGUGAAUAAACACACCUCGGUCGGUUGGUUGGUCGGUUGGGUUCUAUUUCUGUGUGCAUCAUGCCAUGCGUGCACACGUGCGUGGGUGCGCGUGUGGUGCGGUGUGGUGAGGGGGUGGGCGGCUUUUGUCGACCUGCGGGCGGUUUUCUUGGGUUAGUGUGCAGACAGACAGACAGCACAGGCAGACCAAGACUAUCCACUCGUGUGCAUGUGAGAGUGAGUGCCUUUUGGGGUGGGUGUUUAAAGGGAGGGACUGAGUUGCGUGCGUGGGUGCGUCAACAUGUCGAUCUGCGAGAGAACACAUGUCUGUCUCGCGUAGGAGACAUCCAUCCAUCCAUCCUUAC